UGCGGUGCGUCAGCAGCUCUUGAAUACUGCUACGUAGCGGAUAAGCGAUAACCGUUCUGCGAUUUCCGUACCCGUGUCACAUUUCUAUCGGUGGCAUUGGCGUCUUCAGGCAGCCUCACAUAAACAUCUCCAAAGAUGGCAUCAAAUAUACCACCAGCUCCAGUGGUUUUGAAACAAGGCCACGCAGCAGAGAAGAUAAGUUUUGUUCCGCCAAAUAUGCCAAGUCGUUGUACCUGGCAUCUCGGUGCUGAUGGGAAAACAACACCACACUCUUUGGAGAAACUAACACCUCCAAAGAAGAUUAUGCCAAAUGUUCUCCAUGUAAUUGGAAACACACCAAUGAUCCGUCUGAAUAACAUUCCAAAGUCUCGUGGCAUCAAAUGUGAAAUGUUGGUUAAAUGUGAAUUUUUUAACCCUGGAGGAAGUGUAAAGGACAGAAUAGCUUACAGAAUGAUAGAAGAUGCUGAAAAAAAGGGAAUUCUCAAGCCAGGAGAUGUUCUUAUUGAACCAACGUCAGGAAACACUGGAAUUGGUUUGGCAAUGGCAUCAGCUGUAAAAGGUUAUCGGUGCAUAAUAGUAAUGCCUGAAAAAAUGUCAAAUGAAAAAGUGGAUGCCUUGAGAGCUCUUGGUGCAGAAAUUAUAAGAACUCCAACAGCUGCAUCUUUUGACUCACCUGAGGGUCUGAUUGCUGUUGCACAAAGACUGAAUAAAGAAAUACCAAAUUCUAUUAUUUUGGAUCAGUACAGGAAUGCAGGAAAUCCUUUAGCACAUUAUGAUCUGACAGCAGAAGAGAUUCUACAACAAUGUGAUGGAAAAGUUGAUAUGGUAGUAAUGGGGGCAGGAACUGGAGGUACGAUCUCAGGUGUUGGGCGUAAGCUGAAGGAGAAAUGUCCCAACUGCAUUGUUGUUGGAGUUGAUCCUGAAGGCUCCAUCCUAGCUGAACCAGCUGAACUGAACAAGACUGAUGUUACCUUCUAUGAAGUGGAAGGAAUUGGAUAUGAUUUCAUUCCCACAGUAUUGGAUCGAAGUGUGGUGGAUAAAUGGGUCAAAUCAAAUGAUAAGGAAUCACUUGUCAUGGCAAGGCAGCUGAUAAAAGAAGAAGGCCUACUUUGUGGUGGGAGCAGUGGUUCAGCAAUGUCAGGGGCUCUGAAGGCUGCUGCUUCAUUAAAGGAAGGCCAGCGGUGUGUGGUACUACUUCCUGAUGGGCUACGAAAUUAUAUGACAAAGUUUGUUAGUGACCAGUGGAUGCAGGCAAGAGAAUUUUUUGAAGAUGAUGGCUCCAGUCAGCAUUGGUGGUGGAAUCUAACUGUUUCUAGUCUUGGCUUGAAAGCACCUCUAACUGUACUACCAUCUGUAACUUGCCAAGAGGCAGUUGACAUACUCAGGAAGGAAGGUUAUGAUCAGCUUCCAGUAGUGGAUGAAUCAGGAAGUGUACAAGGUAUGGUGACAAUGGGGAAUCUGAUGUCACGUCUCGUAAACAGCCGUGCGUUACCAACAGAUCCAGUGGAAAAAGUGUUGUACCGCCAGUUUCGGAAGAUUACACUAGAUACAUCACUGGGCAAGCUAUCCCGUCUUCUUGAAAGAGAUCAUUUUGUCCUUGUCACUCAUUCACAGAGGCUAUACACAAAUAGCAAUGUGGUUGAGACAAGGGAAGUAAUUAUUGGAAUUGUUACACCUAUAGAUCUUCUGAACUAUAUAACAAACAAAGGUGGUGUAACAAAUGGCAGUGACAUCCUUAAUGGAAGUAUAAAGACAUCAGAAUCAGAAUAAACAUGUGGACUGUGAUUUUCAGCAUUCUAUUACACAUAAAUUGGAUGUUUAAGAGUGAAAAAAUGUGUCCAAGAAUGAAAAACUAUAUUGAACAAUACAGAUAGUUUUUGUUACAUCCAUCAAUUCAGAGACAAAGGAAAUGAUAAAAUGCCUGUUGUAUACACCAAAUGGAGAGGCACCACCAAAGAAACAAUUAACUAACUUUUUAUAUAGAUGAGCACUGACCAAUAAAAAUUGUUUGCAUUAGAAAAAUUAAUUUUGUUUCAUUUGUUAGGUCAGUGUCAAACAAAGGAAACAGAAGGUAGAAUAUAGUCGAAGGAGGGACUGAUGGCUGGUAAUUUUUUAAAAUUAAUCUAUGAGAAGAGAGAGGAGUAUAUUGUUCAAAUGGUUAAAAAGAGUGUAGUUCCUCCAGUAGCUGAAAAUAUACAUAUUCUCAAAGUGGACUUACAGUUACCUUUUUUGAUACAAAAUGCUAAAGGGAAUCUGAAGAGUAUAAGUGAAUUAAAUCAUAAUUUAUGUUCAUACCAAGGUUAAAGCAGAAACUGCAAAGCACAAAUGCAAAUGUCUGUGAAGUUGGAGUUUGAUUUUGUGGCAUAUAUUGUGUUGCAUAGCAUUUACAGUGGUGCUUAUUCAUGGUUAAGUGUAUUGUUCCAUUGAUAGGCACCAUAAAAUACAAUUUAAGAAACGCAUUGUGACAUGUGUUGUCUGAUGAAGUGACUCAGUACUAAAGUUAACGUGCACCUUCAUAUGAGCUAUAUUUUUUCACUGUUUUGAUGAUCAAUAAAUACUUUUUCAGAAAAUAUCUGUCUAAUAAAUUGACUUAUAAUAAACAACAUGCUGAACCAAAGUUAAAUAAUAUUGUUAUAUUGUCUGUUAUGGAAUAAUGUAUUGGCCCAUGUGUUCUUGUAUGUACGUAAAUCCAAUUUUAAAAGGAAAGCAGUCAUCAGUUGCAAUGUAGGUUAACAAUGUACACAGUCCAGUCAAAUUAAUGUGACCACCAUUUAUGUUCGAUGACAAUGUGCAGUUAACAACCCACAGACAGAAGGUCUAGCAGUGAAGGGAAUAUGAAGGGCGUUGGAGACGCAGAAAAAAGGGCAGUCAUAUAAUGCAGGAACAGAGCUGUGUAUCUAACGUUCAAAAGGGCAUGAUCAUUGGCUUUUGGACCAAUUGUGAAGGCAUUUCUGAAAUGGCUAAGUUUGUGAACUGCUUGCAUGCUGCUGUGAUUGAAGUAUACAAUGCAUGGCAAAUUGGUGCUAUCCAAAACCAGUGCCGAGACAACUGGUGCACCACAGACCAUAGAUGACAGGGAUGAACAAUGGCUGUGGAGAUGUGUACGGGCGGAACAUGCAACUGUUGAGCGACUGACCACCCAGAUGUACCAAGGGGCUACCAACAGUGAGUCCUCAACAACCGUUCACUGAAUGUUGCAGCAUAUGGGCCUCCCAACAGGCACCUGAUUCAUACACCCUUGCUGACUGCUGUUCAUUGGUGAUAGAGAGGAAGGCUGGAAUUUGCAUGCCAAUACUGCAAGUGUAUGUCCACGGACUGGCAACAGAUGGUCUUUUUAGAUGAAUCACAGUUUAUGCUACGUCAGACAGAUGGCUGUGUAUGGUCCUGCUAAAAUUGUUGGAAUGGUCCAGGCUAGAAGAGAGCCCAUAUGGUCUGGGGAAUCUGUUUUGGCAUUCCCUGGGCAAUCUCUUCAUUCUGGAAGGCACAGUGGGUCAACGCAAGUAUGCAUCUUUCCUUGGGGAGAAAAUAUGUUGUAUCGUUGGCACAAUGACAUCUACCAGCAGAACAGUGCAAAAUGUCACACAGCUACAACUUGCAGUGUACAUAUACGGUUUGAAGAGUGGCAGGAUAAAUUUACAAUACUCUCCAGGCCACCAAACUGUCCAGUUUUAAACCCAGUUUGUGGAACCAUCACGAUCGGUCUGUUCGUGCCAUGAAUUCUCAACUGAGGAACCUAGCACAACUGGCCCUAGCACUAGAGUCGACAUGGCUUCACAUCCCUGUCAGUACUCUGCAGAACCUCACUGGUUCUCUUUUUGCAUGUUUGCAGCACAGAAAUUAGUUAUUCAGUAUUUAGAAAGGUGGUCACAUUAAUGUUACUUGAUCGUGUAGUAUUUUAUGAGAAUCGCGUGUGAUGUCAUAGUAGCAAAUGUCUGGAGGUGCUGUAGUACAUAUCAAAUAUUUUGGUAUGGAGAAAAAAAAACUCUCAGUGUACAGUUAGAAUACUGAGAGGUAGCCAAAAUAAAAACAUAUCUUACAUAUCUUAUUCCUACAGGUUAUCUGAUGAACUAUAUCCAAUGAGUGGAAUUGGCUGUUAGCAACAUUUCAAAUAAAAUUGCUCAUUUUAAGUA